AUGGCCGCUGCAAGGCUAUAUGCAGCGGAGAAGGCUGCUAAAGAUAUUUAUUUAAAGAGAGCAAAAGGCCCAGAUUACACGCUAACAGAGAAUGGUAGAAAAUCUGAUCAUUUUCAUGAUCAGUAUAUUUUUUUUCUUCCUGUAUGGGAUGUUAUAUCGAAUGAAGAGACUGUAGAAAUUGUAUCUGAAAUUCCGAAUAGGGCAAAAACAGCACUGCAUAUUGUUCAAUGUGUUGUUCGUGCUUGGAAAUGUAAGAGGAGAGGGAUAGUUGUAGAUGAUAUUUCAGCAAUUAAAGCACAAGUUUCUGUUUCUCAUGUUCUCCAUCUACCUGCAGCCUUUGGUUAG